AUGGAUAAUCCCAGCUAUGGAACCUCUCACAUGUCAUCGCCAGCACUAGUAGUGUUCUCCCAGGCCGCCAAUGGAUUAAGUGAUGCUCUGCGAAUACAGCGACCCUUCCAAGGACAACUCCCGGAUGCCAAAGACCUGCACCAUCUCUCCCUGAUGAGCGGCUACGGAGCUCACCUGCUGCACGGCUUCCAGCCACACUUUCUCCACCCGCUGAAUCCGGCCGUAUCGACGGCCAGUGGUACUAGUCCUUUCAGCGGUGGGGGUGCCUUUGUGAAACCAUUUCCCUCGAACCUGCCACUUCCGUCUGCCUUCACGCCGCCCAAAUGUCUAGGUUUUGGAAUUGACCAAAAUAUCUUUUCAAAGGGACUGCUAUUCGGCGGAAGCAGUGGUUCUGAAUCCUUCCGGACGUCAGACUCAUCGAGUCCCGCCUGUACAUCAUUGUCCCCUCCGGCGAAAGAUGAAUCCAUGGAAGGACAAACCAGUGAAGAAGGCGAUCGAGAUCGAAUAUGCAGCCCCGAGCGAAGUCCGGAGACACCUGGCUUCAGACGAAUUGGCCCUCCAAAGAAGACCUUCGUGGGAACACCUCCGCCCAAUUCGUGUCCCAUCUGUGGUAUCCAGCUAGCACCAAGUGACCUAGAAACCCACUUUUCGGCCGAACUAUCCCGGCUAACCAAGAUGAGCUCGGCUGCCGAACGGCUCGAAUUACGUCGAACGCUAAGCGUCGACAUGCACGCAAUGCAAAGUACCCUCCAGGGUCGCACCAGUCGGUGGGAGACUUUUAAAAAUAUCCGCAAUAAGCGCCAGGAUCGCCUGCGGGGCAAACUGCGAAAGCGAAAAUUUGAUGGCGAAGAUGGCUUCGGUCUGCAAUUGGGGAAUGUCAACUGCCAGUCCUGCCCGGUGUGUCAUGGGAGACUGCAGCGGACACAGGAGGAAAUUGCUCAGCACAUCGAGGACUGCGUGAGAAAGCAGCAUCAUCACCAGCAACAUCAGCAGCAACAGCAGCAACAAAACAACCAAUCGUCUACUCAAGAUGAAGAUGAAACAGUUGACGUUGAGAGCUACGGCGACGAAACUUCGAACGGAGCAAUCAACAUGACUUCAAAUGUGAUUCACCACACCAAUGGCGGUCUGCAUAACAACAACAACAAUAACAACAACACACCGCUAAAACCGGAUCCUCCGUUGACAAAAAUUCCGCCGAUGGAGGAAAGUGCCAUCACUUCCCUUAGUUCGAUUGUUCCGCACUGGGACAGAAAACCGAGACUUACUCUUCCCCUAAAUUGCACAGCCACCUCCGACAACUCGAUCACGCGAGUAACACCAACCAGUAGCGAUCAGCGAAUUGAUGUCGACUACGAACAGGAUCACGAUCACAGUCAGGAUAUGAUAACCGACAAUGACGAGGAAGUAAUCGUGGAUAACACGGAUGACGAAGAGUGCAUGAAACGGCACCGACCGACGCUUACCACUCUGGGCGGGCAUCAUCUUUCCAACGGUGGGCCGAUUGGGGGCGUCUUGCGUGACGAUAAAAAUAGUACCGAAGAGGCAACUUCAUCGGUUGAAAUCGAUUCGGCCACCGAUUCGAUGCCAAUCAGAACGGCAGGCAAUACGCCAAACUCUGACUCGUACGUAAGCACCUCGGAAUCCGCGGAGCCAUCCUCGAAGGCACAGGUAUUGGAAGAGCUGAAAGCCCGAAUACGGGAACUGGAAGGAUCACCUCAUUACAAAUGUUUCAUAUGUAAGGAAAAAUGUAAAACGUUGAUCAUUUCGAAAAUUUGUGGACACUACCUGUGUGAGGAGUGCUGGAUUACAGAAUCGGAAUCGUCCAAAUCUUGCCCGCGCUGCAAAAUUAUCACCGCGAAUUCGGAUUUUAGAAAAAUUCACGCUUAG